AUGUCCCGAUGCGAUACAUUAUGGACGUGGAUGAGAUAUGGGGAUAAUCUCAUUGGCGGUGCUACACGUGGCCGCUCAGUAUUCCCGAGGCGAGCCGACGAGGAGGUGGCACAAGAACUAAGUCCACCUUGCGCCGGAGCUCCAUCGCAUCUCCGAAGCGUUGACCCGGGCGAGCGCAACACCCCUAUGCACAGCAUAUAUGUUUUGAAUGAAUCAUGGACCUAA